AUGAGACGAUCCACCCGAAAAGCCCUCGUGCAUCUCUCGCUCUUCCUCGGCGCCCUCUUCCUCAUCGUCUACCUCAACCGUUCCUCCAGCAAUGCAUCAUUCCCCUGGACCACGAUCCGCUACUCUUAUCAGCCAAUCCGAAAAGGUGUUGCCGUUCCUCCCGCCCACGGCCUCUGUCCCGGCCUUUCCCAAACCACCAAACCCGUGCUCAUCGUCGCCCGCGUCGAAGCCGAUGGCGAAACAUCCUGGCUCGAUAAGCUCAGCCAGAAAUAUCACAUCUGCAUCUACAACGUCGAUUCCCCUGCCAUUUUAAAAUCGUCUCAGAAAGUCUUGCAGGUGCCAGCUAAUAGAGCACAUGAAGCUAUGCCAUACCUUACGUUCCUCAUUGAUAAUUACGAGCAUGUACCUGCAGCCGGCGCGGUGUUUGUCCAUGGAAAUCGUUUUCAGUGGCAUAAUGAUCAUCCAAAAUAUGAUAAUUUGGAACUUUUAUCUUUACUCAAUGUUGAGAAUGCGUUGGGGGAAAAUGGUUAUCAUAAUUUGAAAUGUGAUUGGAGUCUAAGUACUUGUAGACAAGAAGCUGUGCCUCAAGGAAGUCUCGAGACCAGUAUGCAAGCUUCGUUGCAACCCUGGGAUAAGCGAGCUGUUUCUGAUGCGGCGUUGCCCAAGGCUCUCAAGGUGUUGUUUGGAGAGGGAAAGCAGAUGACUAGGACGGAUGUGGUGCGGAGUCAAUGUUGUGCGCAAUUUGUGGUUUCGAGGAAAAGUAUUUGGAAGCAUUCGAGGGAGGAAUAUGUGGCUCUGAGGCAGUGGUUGUUGAAUGCUGAUGGGGCACCAAGUGAUGAUAAGGUGGCGGGGAGAAUAUUGAGUUAUCUGUGGCAUGUGUUGUUUAUAGAGCAAGAGGGCGAGGGAAAGGGAACGGUAGAAUUGGAGAGGCUUAAUAGACAGGCGUGUCCCAGUGCCGAGGAGUGCUAUUGUCGCUUGUAUGGAAAGUGUGAUUUGGAUUGUAGGACGAAGGGUACUUGUCGGGGUCAGUAUUCGUUACCGAAGGAUCUGAAGCUUCCGGAUGAUUAUGGAAAACAGUUUGAGAAUUUGGGGGGUCAUUCGGAUGGCCUUUAG